AUGUCUUAUUUAAACGCAAAGGACAUCAAGUCCCAAGCAGCACAGCCUUUGAUUUUAAAGGAAGAUGAUAAGAUACCUUUGUUUUUGGUCAAGCUGUGGAAUAUAGUGGAAGAUCCGUCGUAUUAUGAUGUGAUUCGUUGGGAUGAGGUAAGUAUUGUAUUUGAAAUCUUAUUGCUGUUUUAUUUACUUUUAUUAUAUAUAUUGUCUUUCAGAGUGGCUACAGUUUUCAUAUUCUGGAUCCGUAUUCGUUCUGUCGCAACAUUCUUCCCCAGUACUUCAAACACAACAACUUGAACAGCCUGAUACGACAAUUGAAUAUGUGUAAGUGAUAACUUAAUGUUUCUGAUUUGUUUUUAGACGGUUUCCGAAAGAUGACGCCGAUCGAACGGACGAGUUUGGCUCGUGCUGAGUCUGACCAAGAUCAUCUCGAGUUCUCGCAUCCCUGUUUUGUUCGUGACCACCCCGAGUUGCUCGUUAACAUCAAGAGAAAGGCUCCGACGUCAAAACAAAACAAUAACGAUGGAACGGUCAGCGUUCCGGCGAAAGACCUUACAGCCGUCUUCGAAGAGUUGAGAUCGCUCAGAGAACGACAGAAACAGAUGGAAGGCAGAAUGGGAGAUCUGACCAAGUGCGUUUGGACCUUUUUUUUGACUAUUUAAAACCUAAUUUAUAAGAAGAUAAUAUUUACCUUACUUUCAUUACAGGGAAAACGAGUUGAUUUGGCAAGAAAUGAGUAACAUGCGUGGAGCUCACGUCAAACAACAACAGAUCGUCACCAAGCUCGUACAGUUCAUGGUGGCCAUGUUACAGCCGUCCAAGAGACUAGGUAAACGACCAAUGUUGGCCAUCGACGACGAAAGCGCGGCCAAAAGGUUGAGGACGAUAUCCGACAUUUCUCUGCAGGCAAUCCAACAGAAUAAUGUGUCUGAUAUUCUCGACAGACUAAUGAAGGAUUACUCCCAGACCCACAAUCCCCCAUACCGCUCCAUGCCCGUAGAGGUGAAUCGUCAGAACACGGCGAAUUUAAACCAAUCAAAUGGGCCCAUUAUAUCAGAUGUGACCGACGAGUUGGAUCAUCUUGGUCCUCCAUCUACCGGUAAACUGAAGAACAAUGUACCUUCUUCUUCCUAUCAACAACAGUACCAGCGGCCCCAAAUGUACUAUCCGUCUACGGUAAGUUAUAUAGUAAAACGUGUUUUUAAUAGUUUUUAAUGUUUUAUAGUAGUCUUUAUCUUUUUAUUAAAUUACUUUCAGAGCCGGGCGCGAAACACUAUGGAAUGUCCAUCGAAUAUGCGACCAAUGUCUUCUGGCCAACAAUUAAACACGUCUAGUGCUAAUGUCCCGCUAGUACUACAACAGCCCCCUGUCAAUCAAAAGUAGGUUUUGUGGUCUUUUUCACAAUAUUGUUUUAGUAUUGUUCCACAAACAUCACAAGUUGUGUAUUCACAAACUGACGUCCAGUUGGACAACCAAUGUCCUGUACAGAAUAUUCCGAAUCAGAUGCAACAACAACAGCCCUCUCCAGAUCCACUGGUCACUUCGCCAGCAUCGGCUCCGAAUCUGAAUAUAUCGCCGUCCGAGUUCGCUAACUACUUAAACAGCGUGGACGACUCGAUAGAAAAUUGCAGAGGUCUGAUUGGCGGUCAUUGGGACGAUCUUGACCUUGACGGACUUCUCGACUUUGACCCAAAAUCGACUGAAUCUCAAAGCAAGGUUUCUCCAGCAGAAAGUCCGUCAACGGCUUCCAAGAACCGUCAUCCCAGUUAUCGUCAGCAACCUUAUUAG